AACGGUCACACUCUCCCAUCUCGCUGGUAAACAAUUUGAAAAUUUGCAUUUUACUUUAGUUGCUAAAUCAUCCGCGCAAAUUGUUCAACAAAAGAAGUGCUAAAUUGAAUAAUUGCAGGGGCUGCCAGCGGAUGAGCCAAAUAAAAUAAUAAAAUAAAGCACAACAUAAGAACAGAACAGACGACAAACAAACCGAUUUUGCAAUUUGGCACACAGCCAAAAGAGCAAAGAACGAAAAAACAUUAAAACAAGAACAAAAGGUGAAAUAUUUAACCGCAAGAAAUACACGGUGAGAAAGUGAAAAGAACAGCUGGGCCGGUCUCAGGUGUUGCGCGUUGGCAAUUGAAUUAGUUUUUUAUGUUAACGCGGCCCUAAGUACACACAGAUACAAAUAAAGAUACUAACAAAAACAACAACAAUCUGUGGAUAAACCGGCAACAACAGCUGAAAUUAUAGCCAGUAGACGAAACGGGCUUACGUAAGCCACUUGCAAUUACAAACGUUUAAACAAAAUCAAAAAAGCAAGAGUCCGAAAAUGGCACAGGUAUCCACCCUCAUCGAUGUGGACAAGCCACUCUUCGAUCUCAGCAGCUUUGCUGGUCGCUUCCAGUACUUCGCCUGGAUGACGGAUCCGCGAACCGUGCUGGUCUCCAGCGAUCGCCUGCUGGAAGCCAAGACCAUGAUCGAAAAGUACCGAAAGGGCGAACAAUCGCCGCUGGUUAAACCGGAAGAAGUUCAUUACAACAUGAAGCUAUAUAAUUCGGCCUUUCAUCCGGAUACCGGCGAACUGCAGAAUUUCUGCGGACGCAUGAGCUUUCAGGUCCCCGGUGGCAUGUUGAUCACCGGCGGCAUGCUGGCCUUCUACAGAACCGUUCCAGCCGUAGUGCUCUGGCAAUUCAUCAAUCAAUCCUUCAAUGCCGUGGUCAACUAUACGAAUCGCAAUGCCAAUUCACCCACCAGCGUUACGCAGCUGGGCGUGGCCUAUGUUUCGGCCACAACGUCCGCUUUAAUAGCCGCCAUUGGAUGCAAGAACUAUUGGUCCAAGAAGGCUAGUCCAUUGUUCCAAAGAUUUGUACCCUUUGCUGCUGUGGCGGCCGCCAAUUUUGUCAACAUUCCGCUGAUGCGACAAAAUGAGAUACUCAAUGGCAUAGAAGUGAAAAAUAUGGAUGGAGAGAUUGUGGGACAGAGUAGAUUGGCUGCCAUUAAGGGUAUAGGAGAGGUGAUUGUAUCCAGGAUUGCGAUGGCUGCUCCUGGAAUGCUAAUACUGCCGCUGAUCAUGGAAAGACUGGAGAAACUGCCCGCCUACAGGCGCAUCAAAUGGAUAAAUGCCCCCUUCCAGACCCUGAUGGUUGGCUGCUUCCUCUGCUUUAUGGUGCCCACGGCCUGCGCUGUAUUCCCUCAGCAAUGCUCUCUGGAUACAUCCACCAUGCGCACCUUUGAACCGGAACUUUAUGAGAAAAUGGAGAAGAACACAAGAGGCAAUGUGCCCCAGCGAGUAUAUUUCAACAAGGGUCUGUAAGAACUCGGGUUUGCGGGGCAGGACAAUAAUCUGUUUAGUCGUCGUCGUGUUUGUUUUGUAGAGCAUUUAUGGUAUCCAAAUCGCGCAAUAUUUGGCAGUCGUUGUUCCUUUGUCUUUUGUGUCAAUUGUCGUAGUUAAACUAAGCUGAAAAGAAUCUCAAAUCUAUGGAAAAUGUUAAUGUUCUAGCCGUGUUUCAGGUUUUAAGAAGGGUUUUUAAAAAUUUAAUUCAUAUUUAAAGUCUUUAAAUAAGUUAAAAGUGAAAUAUUUUUAGGAAAAAUUUAAAGCUGGAAAUAUAUAGUCUUGCAAUGCUUAUUAAUUUAAGAAAUUAUUCAAAUUAUUCUUUAACAAAAUUAAAGAUAUAUCACCCAAUUGUUCCUAUGGCAGCUAUAUAAUAUUAAUGGAAGCUUUACCACUAUCCCAAAAUUUCUUUUUACUAAAGUUUCCAGCAGCUAUUUAUUGCUUCUAUAAAAAAAUAUUUCCUGUUUAAAUUAAGUUAAAAAAAAUUUUUAAUUAAUUACAUUUUUUAA